AUGGAAGGGACGACAUGGUCGUUGUUGUGGUGGCUAGUUGGUGUUGGUGGCGACGCCGUGGCGAUAUUGGUUGAUCAGGUCUGCAGUGGAGUGGGCGAAAAUGCUAUUGGCAGCUGCGCAGAAUUAAUAUUUGGGCCAAUCAAUGCUUCUUUCUCUGAUGAUGCUUCCCUUCUUCAAUUUUGUUUUCGCAUACUUCCUCUUGAUUCUAAAGCAGAUACCUCUAGUUCGAACCGUAGACUGAACUUGGCAUCGACUCUCGAAGUUGGACCGGCAGGAAAAGGAGCAUCUAGUGAUUAUUCUAGGCACUUAGGUAGUGCAAAAUCAGUCAUGACAUUAGCAUUUCAAUUCUAG